CCGGAAUGACGUCAUGCCUUGCGUCACCCUUGUCCAACAUGGCGGACGCGGAAAACACAAACAUGGAACCCGAUAAGAGUAAAGCUUCUCCUAAUGGACUUAAACGACGCCUAGAAAGAGAUUCACCGAGAAAAUCCCAACGUAAGAACGACAAAGAUGUACCUGAAAGCUGCACUACCGCUGAGUAUUGCGAGAAGUUGCAGGCAUGGAUGUGCCAGUACUCCACCGGCUAUGUGACUUGGCAGAGCUGGCUGGCGGCGUCAGCUGCUAUGUCCUAUCCUUGUGUUCUACAAUCGGUCAAUGGAACGUCAACGGCACGUCUCGAUUCUAACACCCAGUACGCCAGUGUUCCGCUGACACAUAAUGCGAUUCCCUCAGGCUCUUCAAGUAGCCGAGAAGGUGAAGCUGCGGGCGGGGCUGCAGUCCCAACUCAGCCGCAGCAGUUGCCACAGGAGAAUGGAAAUGCACGGAGACCAGGUCGAGAGUACACCAUCCCCUCACCUCUCCAAAGACUCCUGGCUGAAAUUGUGGACUUCUUUAUACUGUUUUUCAUCAAAGCAUCGAUUAUCAUCAGUAUUAUGCACCUGAGUGGAAUCAAGGAUGUGUCCAAGUUUGCCAUGCAUUUUAUCGUGGAUGAAAUAGAUGAGGAAACGUCAAUGGAGGAGCUACAGAAAAUGAUGCUGGUUGCUCUUGUGUACCCGAUUUUAGUGUGUUUUUAUGAAAUCGUAUGUAUUUGGGGAGCAGGAGGAGCCACUCCGGGAAAAUUCCUUAUUGGGCUCAGAGUUGUGACAUGUGACUCAUCCGUACUGGUUCAGCCCAACCGGGUCCUUGUCGUGCCGGCAACUGAUGUAUCUCUAUCUGCAAGAAAAUUAGCACAGGAGGAGAGAAAGACGACAGGGGAGCAACAGAGGCAUAGUGAGGAGGAUGGAGGAGAGGAACAGACAGAGCAGCAUGACGUUGAUACACAGCCAGCAUCAAUGAUAGAGCACAGUGAUGAGGAUGAUCAGACAGCAGCAGAACAGUGUCAGUCAGCAACAACACUGGUCACAAAAGCAAGGCAGGACUCUGCAAAAGCAGGUGUUCGACCUAUUCCUGGACCAACAGGGAAAGUUGUGACUAUGUGGCCCUUACAAUGAAAUUGAUGGCUAAACUAGAUGGUAACGUCAUUUAGAGAAUUUUUAAAAAGUGUUUCCACUGUGCCACUUCAAGAUUUUAAGUGGCCUCAUCAGGCCACCCCUAUGAAAAAUUUCUGGAGGUGCCACUGAUGUUGACUUCCACUGGUGUGUCCUUUUAAAAUAAACACAAUCUUUGUUUUGCGUGGCACGAGUCUUACUGGUUUAAAUGCGAGUGUGCUUGCUUUUAAUUGAUAUUUUAUUUGGGGCUGCCUCUUGAACAAUACAUGUCACAAAAAAAAAGAUUAAAAAAAAACAAAAAACGAUGCCCAUAGAAUGGAGCUCUCAGCAAAUACACUGAAGUCAUUGCAGAAGUAUUGUUACUAAGUGGAUGACGUCAGGGAUCUUUGACUUUAGAGGUUCCAACCUAAAGCCUGCUUUUGCUUUUUGUACAAAAAAAAAAAAAAAAAAAAAAAAAUCCCACUAAAUUCUUGUGAGAGAAAGCUUGGAUACUGCUAUCACAAAUGUGUGUGCUUUUGUCCAGAUGACCACUUAACCACAAAAUUUGAUUAAACUGUAAUAAAGUAUUGAUUUUUAAACACAUAUGUGUUGUGAUUUGACUGCUUUAAUGGCUUGUCUUUAUCAAACAUAUUUGCAUAUUCAAGCAAAAACAUUUUAGACCCUGUUGUACAAAAUUGCUGUCAGUGCAUAGCAUAAAUGAUUAUUUCAGAUCAAAGGUUAUCAAUACUUGCCAUAUGGUGGUUUCAAAUUGGCAAUACUUAUAUUUAAGCAUAACUAACUCUUUUAAGAAAUAAUUUUUCUUGUGUAUAGAAAGUAACAUUUAAAUUGCAUCCUUGGAAAUUUUGCUCCCCCUAGUGUACAUUCAUAAAUGAUUGAUACGCUUCAUUGCAAUCCUUUGUAGAAACACUGUCCAGGAUGCAGUGCGGUUUCAAGCCAUUGCAAUCGUAAAGCAUAGGUCUUAUAUUAGAAAAUACACCUCCUGUUUGCUCUCUAUGGAAAAAAAAAAGAUCGCUUGAAGGAGCAAAACCAGAUAGUGGGCACACAACUUCCCACACAUGCCUCUCCAUAUUAAAAUGGUAUAAUCUAUUAAUAAUUGUACAUUGCCAUGUCGUGGCUCUUAUUCAGCGUGAGGAUGUGCUAGAGGGCUAUUUCUGAGAAGGUACCGAAUCGUCGCUCGAAUUUAUGACAGGCCUUUGUACAAUAUAUCUUCCCAUGGGUUAACCAAGUGUCAUCGCUUCCCAUUACCUAAACAAUAAUUUAUUUACGCUGCUGUGAGAAUCGACAUUGCGUUUGUAAAUUGGAUUCAUAGUUCCACAUCACUUAUACCAAAGUAGAUGGAUGACUCAUCAGAGUAGUAGAUGCCUGGAAUAAUUGUUUUUUCUCAAAUCUUUCACUAUAACUGUCAUUGAGGUGAAGUUAGAAGUAGUGAUGCAGUAUUACAUACAGGUAGGGGUGCAAGUGGUCCGGUAUGCAGUUCUGUAAAAAAAAUUUGGGGCCGGAAUGGGGCAGAACGGUGCUUUGAUUCCGAAACUAUGACUGCAACUGUCAAAACCCUAUUUUACAAAAAAAUCGGCCAGGCUGCCACACAUGCAUCUAAUCUCCAAUAAGAAAACAACCUUCCAACGUCUGAUUUAUAUUAGCAAGUAGGAGUGGGAACCUCUUGGUACCUCACGAUACGAUACGAUUUGCGUUACAAAGCUCACGAUAACGAUGAUCUGACGAUAUGGCGAUACAACGAUUAUCGAUUCAUUGAUCAGGAAAUCAUUCUAGGAUAUUCUACAAACAACCAAUUAACAGAAAAACAAGCUUCUAGUGUGAAUUGGAAUGAUCCAUCUGAAGUGGGAGGGAUGGCAGCUAAUGAACGAAUGUUAACGUCUAUGGCUGUCAGUGGCGGCCAAUGCCAGGCAAUUAGGUAAUUUUAGGCCGUUUAAGGUCUCACUGGAACAGCACCAAACAAAAGUUCAGCAUCAUCACCUCCAAUGUACACCAAUACAGAUUCUUGACUCUUGACACCUUGUCCGAUGCAGAUUCUUGCCUCUAGACAAGGUGAUGAUGCUGGAACUUUUGUCUGGUGCCGUUCCAGUGAGAUUUACAAAGAUGAUUGCCUGAAGAAGACAUCAAAAUUCACUCCCUACAUGAUAAAACCUUUUUAGAAUUAUAUCUCGAUUCUUGGCAGGAGCAUAUCGAUAACCUUUUGGGAUACAAAGUAUCACGAUAUAUCACCAUUUCGAUAUAUUGUCACACCCCUAUAAGGAAGUGUUAACAACAAAAAUAAAGGGCUUGUGUAGCGUAAUCAGUUUCCACCGAUAUUAUUUACUCCACGGACAGCACGAAGAUCUCUCCAGUUUCAGUGGGGGUGUGCCAUCUAGGGCACCGCACGAUUUGAUUUGAUUACGAUUCAGGGUGCUAUGAUUCGAUUAUCGAACGAUGAUCAUGGUGUUGACUGUUAUUUUGAUGAUCAUGAUUAGCACGAUUAUCGAUGCAUCAUACUGUACUAAUGAAUAAAGUAGCCAAACAAAUUAAUGUCUGUAAUUUAUUUGAAAUAUCCUAAUGAUUCAACAUUAACGAUGGAAACGUGCCCAUACAACAAAAAGCUGCGCUUGUCUUUUUUUUUUUUUUUUACAGGAAAGUGCAAAAACAUUAAUAAUUUCAAACGCAGUACUUAUUUCUCAAUUAACAAUAGUUUAAAAAAAAUUUACUCUAUUGGAAUGAAUUCAACGUUUUCUGGAAAACAACUUGAGAAAUAAGACUUCUUUUAAACAAAACAUUUUUUUCACAGAUUUCUGUACUUUUCCAAAAAAAUACAUAAUCAACUGUCUUAACAUUUACUUUACAUUUUUAACAUGUAAGUGUAACAUGGAGAAAAAAAAUCAUCUCCUACUCAGCAUCAUUGCUGUCUUCACUAUCACUACCAUUGCAGUUAUCAUUCUGAGUCAUCACCCUCGUUUGGAGGACCUAUCUCGCCAGCGACCAGUCGUUGCUCAACUCACUCAUAAAGUGCGCCGUUACUGUGUCAUAUGAUUCUGUAGCAACUGAAGUCCACGCAUCACAUGUCAGAGCUGUCCUGCAUGCUUUCUUCAGUGAUUCCAGCACUUUGGUUUUGGUCAUGUACUAGUAGUACAGUUCAGGAACAGUUUUACAGGCAAAAUACUUCUGCUUUUGGAGUUUGUAUCCGGGCUCCAGCGACCAUACCAGAGCAUGGUGUUAACGGCCGAAUAUGAGCAUAAAUCCUUCGCGAUAAAGGUGACAAGAUUUGUUCUGCCCUUUCAGAGUUACGGGGAUGUUUUGACAGUCCUUCUUUUUUUUUUUUUUUUUUUUUUUUUUUUUUAAAAACCUGUCCUGUUCAGCUGUUUGACACAGAAAAUGGAAGUCUAAGUGCCCGGAUUCUGAACAGUUUUAAUGUUUCACAUGGAGAGUCUGACAUACUCCCAUUGUGAUCAUUCAAAAUACCUUUGUAUUAUGACAAAGCAGCGAACAGGAAGGGAUUAUGGGGGGACAGAAGAAAAGAAAUACAAGAGAAGAAAAGAAACACAUACACAAACAACAACAAGAAAUACAUUGAACAUCUAAACUAGUUACUAAUAUGCUGGUGCUAUCGUCAGCGAGAUGUAUUUCCGGUUUACACCAUGUGGGGGCCAAUUGGCCAGUGAAAGAGGAGAAUGGGGGUGGGGGUGUCUAUAAGACUAUAAGCUAAGUGAUUGAAAGGGGUAGAGUGUACACAAAUCAGUUCUGUGAUCUAGAACCCAGUAAUCGUGUGAAUCUCUUAUGAGUGUAAGCCCGUUGGCGACCAACCCUACGCCGCCGCAUCGCCAAUCCCGGCACCGGAACCCCCAACCCGAGCAUGCCCUACCACAUCCAGCAGCACGCAAGCCCCACCGGGCGCGGGACAGCCACGCAGACGGGCGGAG